GACGCCAUCUACGCAACACAAUUUCUCAUAGCAGGUGGUGGAAACUAGAAUAAACAAACCUCCAAACUGAUUCAACAACAAAGUAACUUCUUCGGACACUUGUCAGAAACUGACAACGACCGCACAAGCACGAUCAAAAAGUUAACUUCAAAGUCUGGUAUUUUAAUUACGAGGAUGUCACAAUCAUCUGGGCAUGUUGGGCCUCCAAGACUGGUUGACUUCAGUUGCCGCAUUCAAGAACCUGACAAUGAUAGCAGUGCAGCCUGCCUUCUUACAUUUGAGCUAGAAAAUAAGGAAGCAUUAUCAAACAGCUCCAAUGGGAUACAAACAAUGGAAACAUUCAAGAUUGACUUAGAAAUGCAGCCAGCCACUUUAUCUACCCUUCUUGACGGCUUGGGUCGCAUUAGAGCUCAGUUGUCAUCAGUCGCAAACAAGAAGUAAUAUUUAAAUAGAUAUCGCAAUUUUGUAAACUUUUUUUGUAUUUGAAAUUCAACUUAAAAUAUACAUUCAGAUAAAAGAA